AUUUUUGUUUCUGUCGCCGUGCGUUAAUUUUUUAGGAACAAGAAACAAAAUUGUGAUUUAUUAAAUAAAUAACAAGUAGUUCGUUAAAGUUUGGCAAAAAUCGGAAAGGAAAAACACUGUUCGUUAACAUGGGCUAUAAACAGCGGAUCGGGAAGCUCAAAUGCAUUGUUCCGGACUGCGAAGCUUGGAGUUGCGGCACAACCACAUCGUUUUUUCCAGUUCCUCCCAGAUCCAGCAGUGCAUUUAGAAAAUGGAGCAAAUACAUGAAACUGUCAGGAAUGCGACAGGAAAGGAUUUGUCAGGCUCACUUCAAAACGCGUGACUUUAUUCGCUACUCGAAUCGAAAACUGAAACGCUGGGCGGUUCCGUCUGUCAACAUUCCCAAAACCAGAGUGAAAUUAAUUGCUAAAGCCAGCUGCUGCAUAUCGGGAUGCCGCACAAGAAGGCAGCGCAAUCUGUUCCCUUUCCCUACAUCAACGAAGCCAAAACUACUCGAUCUUUGGAGGGGAGUAUUGCUGACCACUGAUGACGUAUUUGCCCCCGGUUUGAGAAUUUGCGAGAAACAUUUUAAAACCAGCGAUUUUCUAUCAGUGCACUCUCUGUAUUUACGACCGUGUGCCGUUCCGUCGAUUGGAGUGAAGCGAUUUGUCAGGAAACCUCAUAAGACAGACCACAUCAACGUGCUUCAGGAUCACACAUAUUGUCGAAGUCUAGCUAAGUCAGGAGGAUGUCGUGUGUGCAAAGUGAAAGACUGUAAAUCACGCGCUAAUGACACUGUGACCUUGCACAGCUUUCCAAAAACUCAUGAACGUUUCAUCGAGUGGAAACACAUUCUCAAGAUGAAAAAUGUCAGGAAGAGUUCUAAAGUUUGCAGUCUACACUUCUCAAAGUCUGACUAUAUACCAGGAGGAAAACAUUUGAAGAAAAAUGCGAUUCCAUCCAGAAAUCUGCCUGAGGACAACGAGUUUUUUAAGCAUAAUCCGUACGACCUAUCUCGAGUUUCAUAUCGUCGAGAGAAAUUAAUAGCAGAUUCUAGUUUUAAAUCAUGCACUCUUGACAGCGAUGAAAAUGCAAGAGUGACUUUGUGCGAACCAUGCCCAACUAUUUCACCCACUGGAACAGCUGAAAACAAUGAUGUCAAAUCCCCGACGACCCAGAAUAUCAUUGACGAAAAUGCUAUUCAUUCAUGUGGUUUCAAGAACACUGAAUUAGGAGAGAAUGUUGUUGAUUCAGAAAAAUUAUACGAUGGAUUAUCCGAUGCGACAUGUGCUACUAACGCGACAAUAGCCGUUCAAAAUGUCGUGGAUACUUCUAUGAAGGGGGAGACUAAAGUACAGUUCAAAUUUUCUGAUAUUCUCGAUAGUGACGACGACUUAAAUACGUGGACUGGCUUACCUUCGCUAGCAGUUUUGCAAGAAUUAUGUUUGGCAGCGAAAAGGCUCGAAGAUUUUGUCUAUCCCAACAAGUUCAGUAUGCAUUGUACAGAUAGGGUUAUUCUUGUCUUUGCAAAGCUCAAACAGAACUUAUCAUUCGCUGCAAUGGGAAUUCUCUUCAAGAUUCACACUUCUACAGUAGCUAAGUACUUUGAUUAUACAGUGCAGAUUUUAGCGCAGAUCCUAUCUGCCUUCGUAUACAUGCCGGAGAAGGAGGAAAUAAUGCGCAAUAUACCUCAUUGUUUUAAAGGAAAAUUUGCCAAUGUAACUAUUAUUCUAGACUGCACUGAGAUACCGUUAGCUACUUUGAAAUGCCUCAACUGCCGUUUGGCCACUUAUUCUCAAUAUAAGUCAAGGCGUACAGUUAAGCUUCUUAUUGGAGUGAGUCCGGCAGGGCUCAUCAUAUUUUGUAGUAAAGCGUACUCAGGAAAAGCAUCAGAUAAAUUUAUAUUUAAUCAGGAAAACCUCAUCUCUUCGUUGAAUGCUCAUGUGGACGAAGUUAUGGUUGACAAAGGGUUCACCAUAGAAAACGAGCUUUCAAUGAAAGGGAUCAAAUUGCACAUUCCUCCAUUUAUGCGCAAUGGAAAAAUGACGGCAUCCGAAGCAGUUACGAAUGAAGCAAUCGCCAAGGUCAUGAACAAGGGCCGUGAAUAUCUUUUAUUUCUGAAGCAAUUUCAAGAUUUGUACAAGGCACAAAAAUACAUCUACUAA